AAAUUAUUAUUUUAACUUUGACAUAAAAUUUUAAAAAAUAAUUUAAUUUUUAAAUUUUAUAACAUUAAAUUAAAAUUAUGCUAAAUGUAUCAAAAUUCUUUUAAUCUCGUCUGGAAGUUUUCAACUUUAAUAAGAGCUUUGAAAAUCGUUGUAAGACUUCCCAUGACGCUUUCUUUUCAUCACCCAUUUCUCCCUUGAUUUACCUCCUAAGCAAAAAAUUGAACCCAAUCCUCAAAAUGAUGCCACCAAGAAAGAAUAUGGGUCGGGUUUCGCCAUUUUUAUUGAUAUUACUCGCAUUAGGUUUCUUCUUUGCAACAUACAAUUUGGUUACAAUGAUAAUUCACAACAGGGUAACAAGAAGUAGCAGUAUUACUACUAGUACUAGUACUAACAAUGGCGGAUCGGAAUGGUUCGAUCCGGUUCAGGAAUCGGGUUUAAAAUCCGGUGAUCAUCGGAAAUUCCACGUGGCAUUGACGGCGACCGAUGCACCGUACAGUAAGUGGCAGUGUAGGAUCAUGUAUUAUUGGUAUAAGAGAAUGAAGGAGAGGAGUGGAUCCGAUAUGGGUGGGUUUACCCGGGUUCUGCAUUCGGGUAAACCCGAUAAUUUGAUGGAGGAGAUUCCUACUUUUGUUGUUGAUCCCCUUCCUGCAGGAUUGGAUCGGGGUUAUAUUGUCCUUAACAGACCAUGGGCUUUUGUUCAGUGGCUUGAAAAGGCAACAAUUGAAGAAGAAUACAUUCUAAUGGCAGAGCCCGACCAUAUAUUUGCAAAUCCCUUGCCUAACUUGGCUCGUGGAGAUCACCCAACCGCAUUCCCCUUUUUCUACAUAAAACCAUCAGAACAUGAAAAAAUUAUACGAAAAUACUAUCCAGAGGACCUGGGUCCAGUGACUAAUGUUGAUCCAAUUGGAAAUUCUCCAGUAAUAAUUAAAAAGUCCAUCUUGGAGAAAAUUGCUCCUACAUGGAUGAAUGUUUCUUUGAGGAUGAAAGAUGAUCCAGAAACCGACAAAGCUUUUGGCUGGGUUCUGGAAAUGUAUGGCUAUGCAGUGGCAUCUGCUUUACAUGGUGUACGCCACAUUCUUCGAAAGGACUUCAUGCUACAGCCACCAUGGGAUCUGGAAGUUGGAAAGAGGUUUAUUAUUCAUUAUACCUAUGGAUGUGAUUAUAAUAUGAAGGGAGAGUUGACAUAUGGAAAAAUUGGUGAAUGGAGAUUUGACAAAAGAUCUUACCUUCGAGGCCCUCCACCAAAAAAUCUCAGUUUGCCCCCUCCAGGGGUUCCUGAAAGUGUGGUAAGAUUAGUGAAAAUGGUUAAUGAAGCUACUGCUAAUAUCCCUGGAUGGGAGACAGAGUGAGAAUGAAUCAAAUUUGACUUGUGUAGUUCCCUAUACUUAUGCUUAGCUCAUUUUCCAAAGCACAGCGCAUGUCAAGAGUUACCAGAUUUUGGCAGGCUUCAAGAUGGAUAAUCUUUAGAACAAUAUAUGAUUUAAACAAGUUUAAUAGACACGGUGUCAUACUAGAGUAGUUCUGUCCUUCAUAGAAAUUUCUCUGUCCCUCCAUGAUGCUUGUGGACUAAAACUAUAAUGCUUGUAUUCUUUGUGAAAAUCUGUUGCUGUGUAGUGUCUUUAAAGUUUAAUAGGAGGUCUGAGGCCUUUUUGGGCUAAAUUAGGACACACAAGUUAUUGCGCCUCAGAAAUGAUCUUUACUAUACGAGAUGGCUGAUUAUACUGGAAUUUUGUAUGUCUUUUUACGAAGGCAAUAUCUGUUGUAUUGCAUUGAUUUAACUUUCAA